GGUGUUCCACGUCACAGGAGAAGCACAAAGAGAAAUAAAGCGGCGGAGUCGGUCGGAGCGAGCCAGGAGGGGGAGGGGCGGGGAGAGAAAUUAUAAAUAAACACCAAGAAAGAUGCCGCGUGUGUACGUCGGGAGGCUCAGUUACCAAGUUCGGGAGAAGGACCUGGAGAGGUUCUUCAGGGGUUACGGCAAACUGCUGGAGGUGGACCUGAAGAACGGGUAUGGGUUUGUUGAGUUUGAAGAUGCACGUGAUGCAGACGAUGCGGUCUAUGAACUGAAUGGGAAAGAACUUUGUGGCGAGCGCAUAAUUGUGGAACAUGCAAGAGGACCACGUCGUGAUGGAAGUUAUGGCGGUGGUUAUGGUGGUGGUGGAGGUCGCAGCAGUGGUGGUUACGGAUAUCGAAGAAAUGGAAGGGAGAAAUAUGGGCCACCUGUCCGUACAGAGUUCAGACUGAUCGUCGAAAAUCUUUCAAGCCGUUGCAGCUGGCAAGACCUAAAAGAUUUCAUGAGACAAGCAGGAGAAGUGACCUAUGCAGAUGCUCAUAAGCAGCGGAUGAAUGAAGGAGUCAUUGAAUUCAGAUCAUACUCUGAUAUGAAACGAGCUUUGGACAAGCUGGAUGGCACUGAAAUCAAUGCAAGAAAGAUUCGAUUGGUUGAAGACCGCCCCCGUAAUCGACGUUCCUCUUCUGGUAGUCGAUCCCGGUCCAGGUCCCGAAGCCAUCGUCAUUCACGUAGCAGAAGUCGUAGGACCAGUCGAAGUCGGUCUGGCAGUGCUUCAAAGAGCAGGUCACGUUCUCGAUCUCAGAGCAAGGACCAUUCCAGAUCCAAAUCAAAGUCUCCAGAAAGGAAAUCUAGAUCAAGAGGUAAUUCCAAAGUCAUGUCUGACAAGGGCUCUCGUUCUCGAUCACCAAGCAAAUCAAAAUCUGAAUUGAAUAAUAAGUCACACAGCAGAUCCAAAUCCCCUCAAGUAAAUGGUAAAGGAGAUGCUAAAUCAAUGUCUCGUUCACGUUCAAAGUCCCGCUCAAGAUCAAGAGAAGCACCACUUCUUGCAUCACCAAUUAAUUCAAAGCCAAGAUCAGCAAAUGCAUCUCCAUCCAACACUCAUUCUCGAUCAGCAUCUAGGUCCCGAUCUAGAUCGAUAUCCAGGUCUAGAUCUGGCUCUAAGGAUUAGCAAACAACUGCCUUAUGAAUGUUGAACUUGAGCUGGAUGUUUUCCUUAAAAUAGCUGUAUAUGUAAACACAACUCUUGAGACUCCAGAUUUUUUUCAAACUGGUAUUUUUCUUUUCUAGUGUAGAGUACAGUAUAGGGAUAUUGUACAUAAACUUCUAAAUUACUCUGAGCAAUAAGUGCAAAUAGGGCUGUUGCUUUUCUGCUUCUAUUGAUAACCUUUUCAAAGUGUAUUGUGCUAUUUGAGGGAGCUUUGAUUUUAAUUUCCUACUUUUUUUUAUUGCUGGGAUAUUGCACAAAGUAUUGUGCAUGAAGAACUGCAUAAAACAUCCUGAUAGUUACACUUCAUUUUGGUGCCAAAAUUCUAAUUUUAAAAUAUACAAGUCAUGUCAACUUUAAAAGUUUGAAUUGUCUAAUUUGGCUCCCUGGCAUGAUCUUGUGUGCGGUAGGCAAUUAAGCACUUCUUUGGAGGUGACAAGACUAUAAUUGUGUAUCAUACUCCCUGAAGUAUCUAAUGUAAUGCUUAUGAAUCCCAAUCUUUAACAGUUGGUGUCUGUGUAGCUAAACUAUACAUAUUAACAAUGUAAUCUUGUCAAGCUCACAUGUAGCUGUGAAGACCUUUUUAGGCAGGAAUGACUUUCUAAAUAACAUUGCAUAUGUUGUAAUAGACACAUUAUUUGCAAUUGAAUUUGUGUAACUGUCCCCCUAUACUGAAGGUAAACUAUUCUAAUUUAGGUUUUUGAUCUUUGUGCAGACCAGCAUUUACAGAUGCAUGUUUUUUUUUACAUGAGAACAUACUUGAAAUAUGC